AUGACAGGAGACUCCGAAGCCAAUCGUCAAGAUCUUUUUCAGCCGGUAGGCGAGUCCGUUCAGGAAAUCGAUCAGCAAGGACAACAACCCAAUGUUGUCGUCCCCACUAAUACUGGCGCUGCCGAUGCAGAAGGCCAUCCAGUCCAGGAGAUUGAGUCUCUGUGCAUGAACUGUCACGAAGACGGUAUCACCAGAUUGCUUCUGACUUCCAUACCAUAUUUUAAAGAGGUCGUCCUUAUGUCGUUCGAAUGCCCACAUUGUGGAUUCAAAAACAGCGAAAUUCAACCUGCAGCUCAGAUAAUGGAAAAGGGUAGCAGGUAUACUUUGAAGAUCGAAGAAAAGUCUGAUUUUAAUCGUCAGGUCGUCAAAUCGGAGACGGCCACAUGCAAGUUCCAAGAGCUGGAUAUCGAGAUACCAGCCCGGAGAGGGCAGCUCACGACCGUAGAGGGACUUCUGAGCGAGAUGCUCGAAGAUCUGCAAUCCGAUCAACCGGCCAGGAAAGCCAUCGACGAGAACCUAUACAAUCAGAUCGACAAUUUCAUCUCCAAGGUCAAGUCCUACCUAAAUUGCGAACCGGGAACACUACCUCUCACAUUUACGCUGGACGAUCCAGCGGGAAACUCAUGGAUUGAGUACCAGCCAGGCGAACCGGCUCACAAAUGGUCGCAAGCCCAAUACGUCAGGUCAGGGGAACAAAACGUUCAAGUCGGUCUUCUCUCUCCAGACCAGCUUGAACAACAACGCAGAGAAGAGCAGGAAAAGCUCGCCGACAGAGAAAGAAACCCCUCAGAGGCCCAAAAACCAACAUUCAUUUCCGAUGAAACAGAAAUCGAAAAUUUUAACAACGAGGUGCAAACUUUCAGAUCCACUUGUUCAUCUUGCGGCCAGCCUUGUGAUACCCACAUGAAACCUGUCAAUAUUCCUCACUUUAAGGAAGUCAUUAUUAUGUCUACAGUGUGCGAACACUGCGGUUUCAAGUCGAAUGAAGUGAAAACCGGUGGAGCCAUCCCUAGCCAGGGAAGAAGAAUUUCACUUGUGUGCGAUGAUCCUGAAGAUUUAUCUCGUGAUAUCUUAAAGAGUGAGACUUGUUCAAUGACCGUUCCCGAGCUCAGUUUAGAUAUUCAGCAGGGAACAUUGGGUGGCAGAUUCACCACUUUGGAAGGUCUCUUGAAACAGGUUUAUGACGAGCUAAGGACUAGGGUUUUCACGCAGACCUCAGAUUCCAUGGACGAGGAGACGAAGGCCAGAUGGGAGAAUUUUUUCGCCACUCUUGAAAAUGGUUUGAACGGCAAAAUGAAAUUUACCGUGAUAAUGGAAGACCCACUUGCUGGGUCCUAUAUUCAAAACGUCUACGCUCCAGACGCAGACCCAAACAUGACGAUAGAGGAUUACGACAGAACUCCAGAGCAAAACGAAGACCUGGGGCUCAACGACAUGAUAACUGAUUAA